AUAUAAAAACCUCUCGACCUCUCCCAAAUUAACGUCUCGACCGAUCAACCGGACGGUGCUCCCAACACGAGGCACGCGCCCAACCACCCACGCACCCAAUCCAACCCACUCACCCACGCAAGAGCCAUGGGUAUGGCCGGGCACGCGUUCCUCCUCCUCUGUGCCCUGGCCGCUGUCGUGAGCGCGGACGAGCAGACCUCCGGGCACUACCUGGUGUUCGUGCCGUCCGAGCUGCAUGCGCUAUCAGCGGAGCGGCUCUGCUUCUCGCUGCUGGGCGUGCCCGGGGAGGUGACGUUCCGAGCGACGCUCCACUACAAGGACUGGCAAGAUACCAGCCACGUGGCGCAGAACCACACCGUGGUGGGAGAAGGGGAGGCGGGCGUGGUGCUCCAUCCCAGCGGCGGUGACCUCCACCGCUGCCUCUCCUUCACGGUCCCCGACGUCCAGGGGACCACGAAAGCCGACCUCGUGGUGCGGGUGGCCGGCGCGGGGCUGAACUUCAGCAAGAAGCACGCGGUGGUGGUGAGGAGGGCCAAGAACGUCGUCUUCGUGCAGACGGACAAGCCCGUCUACAAGCCCGGCCAGAGCGUUAAAUUCAGAGUGGUCACCUUGGAUGAGAAUUUUGCAACCGUCUUGCAAACGUACGCUCUCAUAUAUAUCGAGGACCCGCAGAGGAACCGCAUCGCGCAGUGGAGGAACGCGAGCGGCCGGGCGGGCAUCGUGCAGCUCGAGCUGGCCAUGCCCUCCGAGCCGCCGCUGGGCACCUACAACGUGGCGGUGUUGGAGCAGCAGAGCGAUGGGGACGUCGUCGCCUCGCACACCUUCACCGUGGAGGAGUACGUGCUCCCAACUUUCGAGGUCUCCAUUCAGACGCCAUCCUACCUGAACUAUCUGGAUGAGAGUGUCACUCUGAAAGUCUGUGGCAGGUACACGUACGGGAAGCCAGUGCACGGUACUGUGAAUGCAAGCGUGUGCAUUCAGGGUCAGCCCAGGUUCUGGUGGCGGGAAGACUGCAUCACUCCAGUCUGCAACGAGUUCUUCAAGGAAGUGGGGAAGGACGGAUGCGCGGAGUGGCAAGUGGACAACGCCAAGCCAAGCAACGCCUCCUGUCACACGACGCACAUUCUGAAAGUCGUGGCUGUGCUGGAGGAGGAGGGAACAGGAAUGAAAAUGAAACAGAAGACAGAGAAGAACUUUGAGACGGACAUAUCCCGGAUCUCGUUCGUCGACAUGCCCUCGUGGUACCGAUACGGGCUUCCGAUUGUGGGAAAGGUGAAGGUGGAGAGGCCUGACGGCAGUCCGGUCCCACACAAACUCGUCAGCCUGGCCGUGAAGCAAGGCAACGGCGGUCCUACCGGAAGCCAGCACCACACCGGGGCAGACGGAACGUUCACUUUCACCAUAGACACGGGCGACUUCAAUAAGUCCGGCACGAUCCUCCUGGAGGUGAAUCACGGACCCACGGUCUUUCCCAGUAGAGGUGCAUCCCGCUGCUGACCUGAAGAGGCACUC